AUGGAUACUGACGGCCCGCAAUCGAAGCGACGCAAGCUUUCCAAUUCCGAUGAUGUCGCCGCCUCACAUUAUCUUCCCCUCGCCCGAACCACGGUCGAAGUCUCCCUAGUACCUGUAAAAAAGCCCUCGCCAAUUCCUUUCGAUGAGGAAAUUGCGAUCAAGACCGUUAGACGUACCGCAGAUGGAGGCUUAGAACUGGUGGUUAACAAAGGCACACCCCGAUCUGCGUCGACAUGGACAUUUACCACAUCCUCCCCAACCAAUGCCCAUACUCACCAGAUCCUCGAGGAUGCACCGAACAUGUUGCCUAAGGCCAAGAUGUCGGGUGGCCAUUACCUUCAAGCCUGUCACAAUGCCACACUGUACCAGCGAGACUCAAUUAUCGAGUUGAAGGUCGAGCUGCUGUGGUGCAACACGACAUCUCUGUGGGACAAAGUUGAUGAGGCUCUACGGGAUAUCCUGGAUACUUAUCUACCGCUUGGAGAUGAAAACGAACCGGUCGAAGAGGCCUGGCAGCCCCGCGAGUUUUAUGACAAUGUUCACGUACCCCCAAAGGACUCUACGGAUUCGGCCGCUAUCAAGAUCGAUGGUUUCCUAACCAACCUUUACCCAUUUCAACGUCGCACACUGCGGUGGAUGCUCCGCAGAGAAGGUGUCACUGUGGAUUCUGAAGGCUGCAUCGAGCCCGUCGAAAGCGAGCCAGGCCUCCCACCUGGAUUUGUGCAAGUCCGUGGUCUCGACGAUCAGAUUCUCUACAUCAAUCGUGCUCUAGCCACCAUUUCUUCUAAUUACAACGAGGUGGUGAAAGCAUUUCAAACUCCAAGAGGGGGACUUCUCGCCGAUGAGAUGGGCCUAGGGAAAACUUUGGCAGUCGUUGGAACAGUGUGCUGUCAUCGACGUCCCCUGGUGCCAGCUUUGGCGAGAGGGAAUAAUCCACGCACGUCCGGAGCCACCCUUAUCAUCACACCGCCAACCCUACUCGAUCAGUGGAGGGAGGAGAUCGGUGAACACACUAGCUCCCUGAGAGUUGUCAACUAUGAGGGCAUGAAAUCCUCCAAAAGGAGUUUCGAAGACCUGAUGGAUGAUCUCGCAGCAAGCGAUAUCGUCCUCACCACAUACAACGUCAUCUCAAGAGAGGUGCACUAUGUUAAGGAAAAGCCUGAUCGCGCUCUUCGCAACAAGGCGCGUACCGACACACCUAAAAGUCCACUGACUGAGAUUUCUUGGUGGCGUGUUUGUCUUGAUGAAGCGCAAAUGGUCGAGAGCGGUGUAUCAAACGCUGCGACUGUCGCGAGACUGGUGCCAAGGGAGAUCGCGUGGGCUGUGACAGGCACUCCCCUUCGCAAGGCCCAUCGCGAUCUCUAUGGCAUCAUGAUCUUCCUACGCUAUCAGCCCUGGGGCUGGUCGCCGAAACUAUGGGACCGUCUGGUGGAUUUUCAUCGACCCUUGUUUAGGUCAUUGAUUUCGGAAAUCGCCAUACGACAUACCAAAGAUUAUGUCCGAGAAGACUUGCGAUUGCCGCCACAAAACCGCCACACCAUCACGCUUCCUUUCACAGCAGUGGAAGAGCAGCACUAUGAGAACAUGUUUGACGAAAUGUGCAAUGCUGUCAACCUCAGGAUAGAUGGAUCGCCACGCCGAGAUGAUUGGGAUCCCGAUGAUCCAAAGAUUGUCGAGGAGAUGAGGAAGUGGCUCUCCCGACUGCGGCAGACUUGUCUACAUCCCGAGGUUGGUGCACGUAACCGGCGAGCGCUUGGUCGAGGGGGCGGUCCACUAAGAACUGUGGGUCAGGUGCUGGAUGUCAUGAUUGACCAAACUGAGGGCAACCUGCGAACUGAACAACGUGCAUUACUCAUGUCUCAGAUUCGACGAGGGCAAAUGCUUGAGAAUUCCAAGGCUACAAAAGAUGCGCUUGCUGUGUGGCAGAACUCUUACAAAGAAGCUACUAUCAUUGUGGAUGAAUGCCGCAAGCGUCUUGAAGCCGAGAUCGAAUACCAAAAGCAAGAGAAGGCCAAGAAUGAGAGGAAAGCCGAAGAGAGUAAUGAUCCGGAUGAAGAGGAUGAGCUCGACGCCAAUAUACAAACCUUUCGACAGCGACUCCGUUCGGCUCUAGAAGUACAGCACAUCUGCAUCUUCUUUGUCGGCAACGCAUUCUAUCAGCUCAAGUCUAAGGAGGAUGAGGUCAAGCCCGACAGUGAAGAGUUCUACGCCCUCGAAAAGCAAGAAACGGAAGCAUACGACGAAGCGAAAAAGAUCCGCGGUGAACUGCUGGCCGAAGUUCUGACGAAAGCGAACAAGCUGAUCAAUUCUGUCCGCACCAAACGCAGCGACGACACACCUGAGGCGCUGACACCGAUGAAACCUCACGAUGAGUACACUGGCAUCGAAAGCCGGAAAAUAUGUGAAAAGCUUUACAACUACUGCGAAGCCAUGAAUGAGCAGGGCGUGUAUUUCCAUGAAUUGCGACAGAAGAUGAUCGACUUUCUUAGGCAGGCGCUGAUCGAUGAUGAUGCCGGUGUUGAACUCCAAGGUGAUGAGUACGAGACUUCCACGAAACAUCAGGACGAAAUGUAUGUGUACAUGGAGGCUCUUCGUGUCCUCUUCGCCGACCGCAGCGACGCCAUAACAGGGUUGGAGAAUCAGCUGAUCAAGCAUGAAGUCCGCGGGUUCAUCCGCAAUGCCAAAGAAGGCGAGGGACCAGCACCAGAAUUGAUGCUCAAGCUAUUAGCCGAGCGCUCACAGGUCCACAUCGACACAGAACAAAUUGGCUCUCUUCGUGGCAUCGUUGCGGAAGCGCGGCAUUUGGUCACGAUGCUGCAAGUUCAGGAAGCCGCAGGAUCUGCACGCGCUCGCGCCGAGCUUGCGGUGACCGAGAAGCUUCUUAGUUAUUCUCAGCAGUUGGCAACGACCCGGUCCAGGACUUUGGCUCAACUUGAGCAGGAAGUCAAUCUCUUUCGAGAUACAAUGAACAGUCGGCUCGACUAUUACCGCGCUCUUCAGAAGAUCUCCGACACAGUUGCGCCCUACGAAGAAGAGCGUAUCGGAGAGCCGCUAGAUCAGCAAGUCUUCGAUGAUACUAUCAACGGUGAACGUGCAGUUUCUGACAAGAUCUCGACACUUGCUUCCAAGAGACGAUAUCUGAUACACCUAAAAGACGAGUCCACUAGUUCAGCCCCGCGGGUAUGCACAAUCUGUCAGACGGAGUUCGAAGUCGGGACCCUCACUGUCUGCGGCCAUCAAUUCUGCAAGGAAUGCAUCCAACUUUGGUGGCACGAAUCAAAGAAUUGCCCAGUUUGCAAGCGACGUCUCUACCUUCACGACUUUCACGACAUUACGUAUAAACCUGCCGAAAUGGCCGUCCAGGCCGAAUCUCCAGAGAGCUCCAACAGCUCUGCCUCUAGCCCCGAAAGCCCUCGAAGUCAAUCAAUCUACACUGACCUGAGCACGAAAACUGUCAACGAGAUCAAGAACAUGGACCUGCAUGGGCCGUCCUUUGGCAGCAAAGUCGACAUGUUGAUCCGGCAUAUUCUCUGGCUUCGUGAACACGACUAUGGUACCAAAUGUAUUGUCUUCUCGCAAUACCACGAUUUCCUGGAUGUUCUUGCCCGUGCCUUCAAGCAGCACGGCAUUUCGGCUACGGCAUUUGACGAUAAGAACGGCAUCCAACGCUUCAAGGUCGACCCGGCCAUCGAAUGCUUCCUGCUACACGCCAAGGCACAUUCCGCCGGCCUUAAUCUCGUCUGCGCCUCGCACGUGUUCUUGUGCGAGCCGCUGCUCGCCACGGCGGUUGAGCUUCAAGCCAUUGCCCGUGUUCACCGUAUAGGCCAGCACCAGGCCACGACGGUCUGGAUGUACAUCAUCGCCGGAACGAUCGAGGAGUCGAUCUACGAGAUGAGCUUCGCCAGACGUCUCGAGCACAUCAAGCGCAAUGUCAAGAAAGUCGGCAAGUCAAAGGCUGGAAGUUCGGCAACCUCAGGCACGGUGACGCCGAAGCUCUUGGGCGAGACUGUCAUCGACCAGGCUAAUAGUCUGGAGUUGCAGGAGGCGGACCUGAAAAAGCUCCUGACCACUGGCAAGAAGGGCGGUGAGUUUGUGGACAAGGCAGACCUGUGGCAGUGUUUGUUUGGGCGACGAAAGGUGAAAGAGACUGUUUUUGGAGGAGGUGGAGCUGGGGGAAAGUUAGACGGCGAGAUGGGGAGGCUGCUCAGGGCUAAUGCCGCUGAAGCGAGGAUAGACUGA